UCUCAGCGGCUCAGUGAACUGGCUGGUGGAAUCGCACGGCUAGUGUAGUUCUUCAACCAGACCCAGGGCAGCGAGGAACUCCGGCGGUAAUGAAAGACCAACUGCGCGGAAGAAGGACGAGUUCAAGAUAGCGUGUCGGUAAAGAAGCAGCCAGACAAAAUGUCCUGGACAAACGGAUUCCUCACCAGCUGCCUUGUGCUCGCCAGCCUGCUGUCCAGCUCAGAGGCAGUGCCAAUAAGUGUGGACAAGACUAAAGUGAAGAUACCAGAGGAGACGGUGCAGGAGGCACCCCAGAGUGUGGACACUGGACUGCAUUAUGAUCGCUAUCUCAGGGAAGUUAUUGACUUUCUUGAAAAAGACCAGCAUUUUAGAGAAAAGCUACACAACACAGACAUGGAGGAUAUAAAGCAAGGCAAGCUGGCUAAAGAACUGGAUUUCGUCAGCCACCAUGUGAGAACUAAGCUGGAUGAAUUGAAAAGGCAGGAGGUGAGCCGGCUGAGGACACUGAUCAAAGCUAAACAAGACAUCGAAGGAGGCAACGAUAUGGCUGUGGACCACCAGGCCUUACUGAAGCAGUUUGAGUAUCUAAACCACAUGAACCCUCACACGUUUGAGGUGGAGGAUCUGGACAGACUCAUCAAAUCGGCUACAAAGGAUUUGGAGAAUUUCGACAAGGAGCGACAUGAAGAGUUCAAGAGGUAUGAAAUGAUGAAAGAACAUGAGCGUCGAGAACACCUGAAGACGCUGGAUGAGGAAGGCAGGAAGAAGGAAGAGGAACACUAUGAAGAGAUGAAGAAGAAGCAUGCUGAUCACCCCAAAGUCAACCACCCAGGCAGUCAGGAUCAACUGAAAGAGGUUUGGGAGGAAGCAGAUGGUCUUGACCCAGAAGAUUUUGACCCAAAAACUUUCUUCAACCUUCAUGAUACGAAUGGAGAUGGAUUCUUCGAUGAGCAAGAGUUGGAGGCCCUGUUCACUAAAGAGUUGGAGAAGAUCUAUGAUCCUACGAAUGAGGAGGACGACAUGGUGGAGAUGGAGGAAGAGAGGCUGCGGAUGAGGGAACACGUCAUGAAUGAGGUUGAUGCCAAUAAGGACAGACUGGUGUCCUUAGACGAGUUCUUGAUUGCUACAAAGAAAAAAGAAUUUCUCGAACCAGAUAGCUGGGAGACUCUGGAGCAGAACCAGGCCUACACAGAGGAGGAGAUGCGGGAGUUUGAGGAGCACCUAGCCAAGCAGGAGGAGGACCUAAACCUGAAAGCAGUUGAUCUGCAGAAGCAGCGUGAGGAGCUGGAGAGACAACAGGAGCAGCUCAACGCCCAGAAAAUCCAACUCCAACAGGCUGUAGAGCACAUGGAACGUUUAAAAAAGACAGAGCAACCACAUGAAGUUCAUGUUGAAGGCAAUGCUGUUCAAGAGGUACCUCAGCAUGAGCAGGCCCUGCCCCCUGAACACCAGCCAUCCCCUCCAGACCAAGAAGCUCCUGCAGCUCAGAAUGACAUUGCCCAGCAAGAUCUAAGUCAAGGCCACCCAAACCAGUCUCAGGACGGUCAGCCACUGCUUCAUGAUCCCAACUCGGUCCAUGGUGCCCCACAUAUGCCCUAGACCACUGACAGGUAGUGUGGGCCUUGACUGUAUAGAUUAACAUGCCUGCCACCACACUUAGAGACACGAACCGUUCAUACCUCCUCUCCAACGUUGGGAGUCAGUGGAAAACAGCCACCUGUGAUCUAUAGAUUUCUCGGUUUUAGAGGCUGCUUCUCUCAGAAGUGUAACAUGACCGAUGCUAAGUUCUCAGAAGAAGUUGAAAUACAAUUCGGAAUUUCUUUUCUUAA